CCAAGCAGCUAGCCAAGCAUACCCGGUAUCCAUUCCAUCCACUGCUCGGCCAUGCCCAUGCCGUCCUCGUCCGCGCCAGCGGCCGCCACGGCGGCGUCGAAGCGCAUCAUCCUGGUCCACGGCACGGGCCACGGUGGGUGGUGCUGGUACAAGGUCGCCACGCUGCUCCGCGCCGCCGGGCACCGCGUGGACGCCCCGGACCUCGCGGCCUCGGGCGCGGACGCUCGCCAGCUGCGCGACGCGCCCACGUUCGAGGACUACUCGCGGCCCCUGCUCGACGCGCUCCGCGCCCUCCCGCCAGGCGAGAGGGCGGUGCUGGUGGGCCACAGCUUCGGCGGGAUGAGCAUCGCGCUCGCGGCGGAGGAGCUCCCGGAGAAGGUGGCCGCCGCCGUGUUCGUCACCGCCUUCAUGCCGGACUGUGCCGGCCCGCGCACCCGCGCCAUCGAGGAGCUGCCCCUGCUCGACUGGAUGGACUCCGUGACGGACGACGGGCACGCCCCGCCGUCGGUGUUCCUCGGGCCCGAGUUCUUGCGGCGGCUGCUGUACCAGCUCAGCCCGGAAGAGGACUACACGCUGUCCCAGAGCCUGGCGCGGGUCAGCUCCUACUACGUCGCCGACCAGAAGCAACACCCGCCCUUCAGCGCCGACCGCUACGGCGCGGUCAGCAAGGUGUAUGUGGUCGCCAAGCAGGAUCUGGCCAUGAUAGAGGAGUACCAGAGGCGGAUGAUCGCCAGCAUUCCCGUGGCGGAGGUCAGGGAGAUGGAAGACGCCGACCACAUGGCCAUGCUCUCCAAGCCGGAGGAGCUGGCCGGACACCUCGCCGACAUUGCCAACACCUACGUUUGAUCCAUCUGCUCAAACUCCAUUCAUAUCCCCUGAGAUUUUAGUCUCGUUCAUUUGCACAAGUGUAAUUUUAGCGCAAUAAAAAGCAACUUGCAGACUUUA